AUGAAACGACAGGCUGAAGCCUUCGAAAAAGAUGAAGAUGGAGUUUCCGAACAAGAAAAAGUUUCUAAAAACACCCUAGAAAGUGAUGAAGAAGUUGACGAAGAUGAGAAGGGUGGUCGAAUGGAUGAGGCUGAAUUGCAAGUUGGCCAAGAGCCUGAUACAAUUGGAUAUGAUGGUGACGUCCGAAUAACCCCAUUCAAUAUGCGUGAAGAGUUAGAAGAUGAUGGCCAUUUCGAUGCCAGUGGUACAUUCAUUUUCAAGAAAACGAAUGAAACUGGCGACAAUUGGUUGGAAGAUGUGGACUGGACCGAGGUGCGUCGACGCGAAGACGAGGCGCGCAAGCUGCCUGUGAACCUUGAGGCCGUGAACGAAGCUCUGCCGGAGAUCACCGAUGAUCAGCAGACCAGCCUCUAUCGUGAGGUGUGUGAGCUACUGCUACCGAAGGAGACGGUGCUGCGUGGACUCAAGCGCAUGGGCCCUACAAAGGGUGCCAGAGGCGCCGGACCUCAACGACGCAACUGGACUCGCAGAAGGGACGGUACCACGGUCACAAACAAGGAACCUGAUCCUGUUGGUGGCGACCCAGCAGGCUUUGCCAAACUGACCGAGCUAGCUAACGACCUGCUGGGCGGCGGAGACUUCGACAUCUACCAGAAGACCAGGGAGGUCAUUGAGGACCUCGUGGCGUCCCGGACAAAGAAGAACGAGGAGAGUGAACUGGACGCUCUCGGUGCUGCAAUCGACGACGGAGCUGGGUUCGAACCCUCAAAUGGUGACGGAAGCGACCACGACGAUGACGCCGCCGACAAUGACGCACCGAAGUGGAUAAUGAAGAAGGGCGGUGCCGACGCCGACACGGAGGUGGAGGGCCCCUUCGUGGAGGCGGACGUGAGGCGUUGGCUCGCGGAGGGUGUCUUCGCCCGACCGGAUCGCGUUUUCGUCAAACGCCAGGAUUCCAACGAGGCCUUUCAGCCGCUCACAGCGGUGGAUUUCGGUAGACCUCACGCACCCGAUCAGGCCGCGUAA